CAUCAGAGACUGCAGCACGCAGCGCGGCGCCACCUCGGAGAGUCUGCGUGUGGACGCCCCUGGCUCCUCCCACAUGUCAAGUCACAGCAGGGAGCUGCGCAGCCUGAGCGUAUACGGACAAGGGGAGGGCCCUCUGGCAGUGGACGGCCAUGACACCCUCUUUGCCGCGUCAGAACUGGAGGCCUUGAGCUCGCUGUCCGCUGACCACAGCGAGGCCAACAGCCUGAACUGCAGCGUGCAGCUCGUCCGCCUUGAGGAGCUGACUGGGCAUCAGGGCGGCCGCAAGGGCCGGCCCGGUGUCUUGUGUGGAAAGGUUAUUCCCAACAAUGCCAAUAUGAUCGUCCACAUGAGGACUCACUCCGGGGAGAAGCCCUACAGGUGUGACCAAUGCACGAAACGCUUCAGUCAAAGUGAACACCUGAAGACCCACAUGAAGACUCACACCGGGGAGAAGCCCUACGGGUGCGACCAAUGCACGAAGCGCUUCAGUGAGAAAGGCAAGCUGAAGAACCACAUGAGGACUCACACCGGCAAGAAGCCCUACAGGUGUGACCAAUGCACAAAGCGCUUCUGUAACGGCUCCACCCUGAAGAUCCACAUGAGGACUCACACCGGCGAGAAGCCCUACGGGUGCGACCAAUGCAUCAAGCGCUACAGUCACAAAGGCAACCUGGACAUCCACAUGAGGAUUCACUCCGGGGAGAAGCCCUACAGGUGUGACCAAUGCGCAAAGCGCUACAGUCACAGCACCAACCUCAAGAUCCACAUGAGGACCCACACCGGCGAGAAGCCCUACAGGUGUGACCAAUGCACGAAGCGCUUCAGUGUAAGUGGACACCUGAAGAGCCACAUGAGGACCCACACCGGCGAGAAGCCCUACAGGUGUGACCAAUGCACGAAGCGCUUCAGUGUAAGUGGACACCUGAAGAUCCACAUGAGGACCCACACCGGCGAGAAGCCCUACAGGUGUGACCAAUGCACGAAGCGCUUCGGCCAGAGCUCGUCCCUGAGGGGCCACAUGAAGACUCACACGGGGGAAAAGCCCUACAGUUUCGACCAUUCAGGGUAG